UGUCCACAGGUGCCUUAGCUGUUCAGUAUAAGCACCGUUCCCGGUUGCGAGUGUGUGCGUGUCGGAGUGUCGCAUCGUACGCUCGUAAAGCUCUACUACUCAUGGCUUCCGUUCAGCUCGACUCUAACAUACUAUUCCCCCUGCUCUUCGUGGUGUCAUGUUUCUUCAUCGUUCGAAGCCUCCGGGCAGGCCGUAAAGAUGGCCGCCGAGCAGUACUGCCUUCGCCUCCAGGCCUGCCCAUCAUCGGCAACCUGCACCAGCUCGGCCGGGGACACCACCAUGGGAAGUUGCAGGAGUUCGCACGGCACCAUGGCCCACUCUUUCUCCUCCGGCUAGGCACCGUGCCCACCCUCGUGGUUUCCUCGGUCUCCAUGGCCGAGGAGGUGCUUAAGACCCAGGACGACGUCUUCUGUGGCCGCCCGCAGCAGCACACGGCCCGCGGCUUGAUGUACGACUGCCGGGACAUCGCCUUCAGCCCCUACGGCGAGCGGUGGCGCCAACUCCGCCGCAUCGCCGUCUCGCACCUCCUCAGCACGAAGCGGGUCGACUCCUUCCGCGCGCUCCGGGAGGAGGAGGUCGCGUCCUUGGUGGAGCGGAUCCGCGCGGCCAGUGGCCAGCGUCAAGGGGUUAAUGUGAGUGAGCUGGUCAUCACUUUAGGGUACACUAUCAUCUCAAAGGCAGCGUUCGGCAACAAGCUCGGAGGCAUGGAGCCCGGAGUGGUCCGCGAGAUGAUGGAUGAGGUCGCUGAUCUUCUUGAAACGAUCGCGGUAAGCGACAUGUUCCCGCUAUUCUGGUGGGUGGACUGGGCGACGGGGCUCGACUCAAGGAUAAAGAGGACGGCGAGCAAGCUUGACGAAGUUUUGGAGAGAGCACUCCAGGAGCACGAGAAGAGCUCCGAAAACGACGGCAAGGCUGGUGACCUCCUUGACGAUUUGCUUUCAGUGGUCAGGGAGGGCAGCGAGGGGUUUAAGAUGGACAGAAUCGAUGUCAAGGGACUCAUCCUCGACAUGUUUAUUGCAGGAACCGAUACAACUUCCAAGUCGGUAGAGUGGGCAAUGGCCGAGCUAAUCAAGAACCCAAAAGAGAUGGAGAAAGUACAAGCGGAGGUGAGACAAGUUGCGGGGGCACGAGGAGUCCUAGAGGAGCAGCUGGGGACGAUGAGCAGACUGCAGGCGUCCCUGAAAGAAGCCAUGCGGUUGCAUGCACCGGUGCCAAUACUUCUCCCCCGAGAAACGAUCCGGGACACCAAACUCCACGGCUACGACAUCCCUGCCAAGACUCGGGUCAUUAUCAACGCAUGGGCGAUCGGGAGGGACAACGAAUACUGGGAGAAUGCCGACGAGUUCCUGCCAGAGAGGUUCAUGCACAAUGCCAUUGACUACACUGGCAAAGACUUCCGGUUCAUACCGUUCAGUGCGGGGAGGAGGGGAUGCCCUGCCAUUGCGUUCGCGACGCGCCUCGUUGAGCUUGCACUGGCCAAUUUGCUAUACCAUUUUGACUGGGAGCUGCCGGAGGACCAGGACGUGGAAUCAUUUGAAGUUGUUGAGUCUUGUGGCCUGUCUCCAACUCUUAAGUCCGCCUAG